GAACGCCUUGCAUUUUGUGCUUUAAACGGCAAAAAAAGAUGGAGGAACCCGAAGAGAGUACAGUCAAUUUGAAAGAGCUAAUWAAAAAGUUUUUUUCUCUACAAGAAAAUCGAGUAAACACCUAUAAGACAUUUGAUGAGGGUUUUAAACAGUAUCUUGUUGGAAAUGCCAAUUGUGACUUCCUGAAGUACCGCCAGCAUGUUCAUAAAAUCACACAGAUUUUCAUCAACCUGUCACAAGAAAUCAGAACUAUAGAAGCUAUUCUGAAACAAAACAACAAACAUCACCUUGCUGGAAUCAUUAGAAGUAUACAGCUGAAAGAGAAAGAAAAGCUUGAUUUGCUUUCAGGUGCCAAGCUUUCGGGUCCAUCCUCAGGGUUACAAUGGUUUGAAGGACAAGAAACGACAGCAAAGCUUCAAAUAAAGGCAAAAGAUUGUAUUGAACACCCAGAAGAAGAUUACAGUGACGACAUUGCAUCACUGAAAACAAGCUUACACAGAGUUAUUGAAGAUAUCAAUGAUUUUCUUCAAGAUCUCAAAUAUGAAUCAGAAGAUAUUUUGUUGGAGGAAUAUACCAAAGAAAUCUAAGGAUUGCCUCAAACCCAAAAUACCUAUCAAGAUGCCCAAAUUAUAGUGGACAAUUAGAUUUGUUGAAGUUUAAGAAUAGUCCAUUGGAAGCAGCUUUAUACAUGUAAUACCCUGUCAAUUUCUGUCAUAAGUAUAGGAAAUCGCACAACCUCUCGUACAAUUUGGAAUUAAUAGUCACUCGUAAUGUUUUGAAAGUUCUCAAAUUACUAUUAAUUCCAAAUUGUACGAGAGGUUGUGCGAUUUUUUGUUUAUAGUACAUUCAACUUAAUUAAGGAGUACAAUUAACGCUGUAAUUGUACUGAGUAUUAUUUUGUUGAAUGUACUAUAAAUUUGUAUGUCGGCUCUUUUAAGAAUGACACAGAAUUCAAUUGAUAAUAGCGGAGCUCCCAUAACUAAGGAAAAAUGGUAAACCCAUGGAGUUGAGUUUUGAUCAACCGACACAGGAAGCCCAGUUGUCCUUCCGUCCGUCUGUGUACAUCGCGAUUCUGAUAAACGUUUACAAGGGUUUUAGGUAUUAAAAUUUGCCAGUCAGUAUAGGCAGGUAGUUACAGCUGUUACCAGAGGGUACUUUUUAAAGAUUAUUAAUAAUUAUCAUGUUUUAAAAGGAACAAUAAACUAACUGUGACAACAGAAAGUAAAAAAAAUAAAAAUACCGAAUAUAAUGUAUAGUUUACAACACGGACGCGAAUGUUGUAAACGGCUUAUGAAACUCCAACACUAAUUAACAUGAAUUACAGUGAGAUAAAUGACGAAAGACACUAGGUAUAGUUUCAACAUGAGUGACGAAAAAUGACAAAUAAUGUAACUGCUGAGUUUAGUCGCUAUUAAGCAUGUGCAAUUUACUGCAACACCGAACAUUUUGAAUAAUUAUGCAUCCCACAUGGAAAGCAAGCCAUCUGUUGCAUAAGCGAGUUCUGCAUUAUUAAUAAGUUUUGUAAGUUUAAGGAGACUCGGUAUACAGCUAUUUCAAAAAACGUUGUCGGGGAGAACGGCAGACAGGAAGGGAGAUUGCACGACCGAAAGGGACUAUAGUUACACUGUUUUGCUAAACAAAAAUGCACGUCUUAUUGGAUUCAUCUCACUUUAGAAAUGGAGACUAAAUGGAGCUAAUGUUUACCACAGACCAUUGUAUAGUAUAAAUCAGUUGUUAUUGCCUUUCAAUUAUCAAAACUCAUGGUUAGUUUCAGUCGUGCAAUCGCCGGUUCGACCAUUGACAUUUGCCAUUUUAUCUGACAACCUUUUUUGAAAUAGCUAUAUAAGUCAACCCCUAAAAUUACGUAAAAAAGUUACUAUUUCUACAUUGUAUAAGUCGACCCUGCUUUUCCUCAGAGUGAUAGUACUGAGUAAAAAUUUACCAAGUAAAUUCAACAAUGUAUAUUUAAAUUGAUUUUUUUUAUUUACUUGAUAUUAUUUACAUGUAACACAGGUCUGGAUUUCAUGACAUUCACAAUUUGUCAAAAUAAAGCCCAUUCUCAAAACU